AUGCGACGACAACCUCUCUGUACCUCGGCGUCGCGCGUCACGGCGUCGCUGCUGCUGUCGUUCCUCGCCGUGAGUACCGCGAUGGAGCUGCCUGUUCUCCCGCCACCCACAACGCCCCAUGUCCACGACACCGAGAGGGACUUUUCCCUGCGGCACAUCUUCCACCACGGCACACACAAGCACCCCGACCUGCACCGACGGCUCGAUGUCCCCGAAAAGGCAGCAGUGUGGAUGGCCGAGGACGAGCACUCUGCCCAGCGCCAGCCCGUGCCCCGUCUGCGCGUCAAGGCAGAAACCAUGAGCAUCCAGCGCCUCGCCGACCGGAGCAAGGACACGAUCAACGGCAUCCUGGACUGGGGGAGAACACAUGGCAAGGCAGUCCAGCUCGCUGCAGAGGACUGGACCAUCGACGACAUCGCCGGGCCCAACGUGACGGACAGGGAGACGGUGCUGAGCUUCGCCCGCAUGGCCUCGAACGCCUACAUCUUGGAGCCGGGAACAGAGGACUGGUAUGACGUCGGAGGUGGCUUCAACUACACCGAGGACUUUGGCUGGGAGUUAGAUGGUCUGCGGGGGCACAUCUUCGCCGACACGGAGAACCGCACCGUCGUUAUUGGCCUCAAGGGCACCUCGCCCGCCAUGUUCGACGGCUCCGACACAACCACAAACGACAAGAUCAACGACAACCUCUUCUUUAGUUGCUGCUGCGGCCAGGGCGGCCAGUUCCUCUGGCGACAAGUCUGCGACUGCCAGACCUCGGCCUACACGUGCAACUCGACCUGUCUCGUCACCGCCAUGAGGGAGAAGAACCGCUACUACUACGCCGCCCAAGACCUCUACCACAACGCAACAGCACUGUAUCCUGACGCCGAGAUCUGGAUGGCAGGCCACUCCCUCGGCGGCUCAGUCUCCUCCUUCAUCUCCCUGACCUACGGCCACCCAACCGUAACCUUCGAAGCCGUCCCCGAAGCCAUGCCCGCCGCCCGACUCGGCCUCCCCGUCCCGCCAGGCCACCAAAUCGGCUCCCUCCAACAACGUAAAAUGACAGGCGGCUUCCACUUCGGCCACACCGCCGACCCCGUCUACAUGGGGUCCUGCAACCAAGCAACGAGCGUCUGCACAAUCGGCGGCUACGCCAUGCAGAGCGUUUGCCACACAGGCAUGAAAUGCGUCUACGACACGGUCAAAGACCUCGGCUGGCGCGUCGGCAUCGGCACGCAUAAAAUCGUCGAAGUCAUCCGCGACGUCAUCGAAAAAUACGACGAUGUCGCGAAGUGCGAGCCGUAUUAUGACUGCACUGACUGCUUCAUGUGGGAGUACUUUGAAAGUAAUGGCACGGAUCGCACUACCUCGUCUGCGAAACACACGUCCACUUCUUCCUCCGUACGCACCCGCACUGAGACGUGCAAGACGCCCGGCUGGUGGGGAUGUCUGGACGAGACAACUACAACCGCGCAUUCGAAAACUGCAUCCACCACGACAUCCACGACUUCAACAUCUACGUGCAAAACUCCAGGCUGGUUCGGCUGCAAAGACGACGUCACUACAACGACGACUUCUUCCGCCGCUCCAGCCCCAACUCUAACUACUACCUCCUCCUCCCCGACUACCACGUCGUCGUGCAUGUACCCAGGCUGGUUCGGCGGCUGUCUUGAUGGCGAUGAUCCGCCGGUUAAACCUCACCGUUCUACGCCCACGCCGACAGCGUCGUCUACUGCGUGCACGGAUGAAAGUGGGGUUGGGUUGGAGGGGAAGGCGCAUGUGACGGAGAGGAUGGAGAUGUAG